GCCAUCAUUACCCCAACACCAAAAAUCUGGGCGACUUGCGAACGGUUAUCGAACAUGCUCAAAUCCGUCCUCAGUAACUAAUCCCCUAUCAAUUCGUGAAUUCCACUUGCUGCACAUGUGUCCAUUGUCACUCUCAUAGUACAUCUGGUUUUCACGUAGUAGUUAAAGCCCUACUUGUUAUAAUGCAAGCACAACACGAGCCUUCACUUCCUCCUCCACAGCAGCAGCGACAGAGACAGCGACGAAACCUAGACCGGGAGCGGAAACGGGCAGCGCGGGCUUGUGACGGAUGCCGGCGACAGAAGGAGAAAUGCGAUGGAGGCGUGCCAUGCCGUCGGUGCUUUCGACUCAAGCGGAAGUGUGAGUUCUCCGGCCGGGCUCCUCCUAGGGGGACCAGCGAUGUUGGGAAGUCGACUGCCAUGGCCGUAUGUCCUACUGCGAACUGCGAACCGGGUCGGGAGGCUGUCCCGGAAGCUAUGUACAGUAGAGUUCCAUCUGUACCUGGUCAACAGGACCUCUCGCAGCGGGUAGCCUAUCUAGAGAAGAUCAUUCAGCACUAUGCAGGUGAUGUCACUCUAGAUGCAGUGACCGUCCGUAACAUGGCCGACGGGGCCGACAGGCAACGGCGGCCAAUGAUGGAAACAGAAGUCUCGGUAAACGGCUCAGAUAUCGCGAGUGUUGAUGCAGAGGACUUCAGCAUCCAGCCUUUGGAGAAUAACAUUACACAUUACUCGGGGGAGUUCUCACAUUGGAACUUUUCCAUGAGAAUAAAGCAAUGGAUCGAUCAGACAGUUCUCCGUGACGAUACCAACCAAACCCCCGACUCGACAGUCUUCAAGGAGUACUAUAGGCCUGAGGAACUCCAAUCCCCCUCUAGCAUCGUCAACUCCAUAUCAUCUUUACCUCCUCGAUCCAUCGCAAACUUCCUCGUGCACUCGUUCUUCAACCACGCCGAGGCCAAUUACUUCUUCGUCGAACGGCAGUGGCUCGAGGACAGACUCGACACCGUGUACGAGCGGCCCGCAACCUUAUCCCGCCGGGACGUGGGCUCCGUAUGCGUGAUCUUUGCUAUCCUCGCCAUCGGCGCACAGUAUGCCUACCUCGAGUCUUACGCCGAGGGCCACGAGGAUCAUCCGCCCUACGGCCUCAAGACGAAGGUCUCGGAGCCGUUCUCGGAGGACAACGUUAGCGUUAUGUUCUAUCAGCAGGCUUGUCGGCUGCUAACGGACGUCAUCGCGAUAUCUUCCCUCGAGAGCGUGCAGGCUUGUCUGCUGAUCGGUAUCUACACCUUGCCGCUUGAUGCGUCAGGGUUGUCAUAUAUCUAUCUGAACUUGGCGCUUAAACUCGCCAUCCAGAAUGGCAUGCAUAGGAAGUGCCCUGUAGAUUCGCUGAAUGAUUCCCUCCGUGAGACGAGGAAUCGGGUUUGGUGGACAGCCUACACAAUUGAAAGACGAGUCGGUAUCUUCCACGGACGACCGAUCUCCAUCUCAGCAUCAGACCUCGACGCAGACCUGCCCGUCGACCGAUCCAUCAACCUAUGGCCUUCCACGACCGCCAUCCACACUGCCCACUUCCUCGCGACCUUGCAUCUGAACCAGAUACUCAGUAAGAUGUCCCACGAGAUAUCCCUACUCAAAAACCACACUGUCCGCGAGAUCUCCAACGGCCUAGGCCGACUCAUCGAGCUGCGGCGCGGCCUCGUCACCUGGUGGGACGGCCUCCCAGAUACACUGUUUGCAAAGGCAACGCCCGCGAUGAACGCGCUGCAGCGGUCCGCCACCACGCGAACGGGCGUGCACCUGAACCUCGAGUACUGCCUAGUUCGCAUCUUCGUCGGCCGGGCGUUCAUCUUCUCGCGCUCGAAGUCGCAGAUCAGCUCUCCCGUCUCACAACACCAACCCGACAAUACCACCGCAGCCGCAACCGCUGGAGUUGGAGCAGGCGCAAACAACAACACCACGGCCAGCCCCUCCCAAGCCUCGACCAGCAACAGCGACUCACGCGCCCUCCUCGUCGCAGACUGCAUCGACGCAUCCCUCACCGUCGUCGACCUCUGCCGCCACCUCCGGAACACCAUCGGCCUAGCCCGCGCCUCGUACACCGAGUUCAGCGCGUGUCGCGCCGCGCUGCUGGUCAUAAUAACGCAGUGUCUACAGCGGAAGACGGAUCGGUUCCGCCGUGCGCUGCGGAGCGGGCUCGCGAUGCUGAAGGAGAUGUCUGCGGGUUGCGAGUCCGCGCGGUCGGAGCUGUCGCUCAUCGAGGCGUUCGAUAGGGCGAUUGCGAGGCUCGAUGUCUCGUCGACGGCGUCGGUGGCGGAGAGUAGGGCGGGUUCGGAGUACGCGCAGUUCAAGAGGUGGGAGCAGUCGUGGAAGAGUGACGCCGUGUCGUUGUCGUCGUCGGCGGCGGUGGAUAGGAUGGGCGAGGGAAGCAUGCAGCAUAUGUCGAUGCCGAUGGCUUCGCAGCAGGCGGCUGGUCCGUCGGCGUCGUCCUGGAUGCUGUCGGAUGGCCCUCUGCAGAGGCAGAUCCCGGGGCCUAUGCCUACGGAGACACCGCUGUUUGAUGUGGAUGGGAAUUUUGCUUCGUUUCCGCAGACUAUAGAUGAAUUCUCGUCCCUGUUGGCAUAUCGAUUCGGAAAUGAUCUGGAUUAUUUACAAACUGGGAAUCAUAGCAGCAUAUAGGAAGACUUAGUAAAAGGCUAGAAUUCAGCUGUAGUCACUCGAAGGACUACUCCAGAUCAUGUAAACUUGACUUGCCCAUUGGUUCUCUUCGCAUGUCAUUAUGGUCGCUCGGUGUCAUGCUCAACGCACCUGGCAAAAGCAGUGUGCAGAAAGUGACUCUUAAUGUAUUUCAUACUAUCAAUCAACCAGCCGACCAACCAAUCAUUCAAAUCUCAUAAUCUAUGUAGUAUCCAUGCACUAACA